AUGCGUUUCAAAACCCUUCUGUUCACGACGACCGCAGCGGUUCUGGCCGCCGGAGCGGCCCAUGCCGAGGGCGUGGUGAAGGUCUUCAACUGGUCCGAUUACAUCGAUGAAUCGAUCCUUGAGGAGUUCACCGCCGAGACCGGCAUCGAGGUGGUAUACGACGUGUUCGAUUCCAACGAGAUCCUGGAGACGCGUCUGCUGGCUGGUUCCACCGGCUACGACAUCGUCGUGCCGACCGGCACGUUUCUGGCCAACCAGAUCAAGGCCGGCGUGUUCCAGCCGUUGAACAAGGAUGCGCUGCCGAACCUGGCCAACAUGGACCCGGCGAUCGCCGAGCGGCUGGAGCUCUACGAUCCGGGCAACGAAUAUGCGGUCAACUAUAUGUGGGGAACGACCGGCAUCGGCAUCAAUGUCGACAUGGUCAAGGAGCGCCUCGGAGAGGAUGCGGAUCUUGGCAGUUGGGAUCUGGUGUUCAAUCCGGAGACGGCCGCCAAGCUGGAGGAUUGCGGCAUCUUCCACCUGAACGCGCCGGCCGAGAUGAUCCCGGCCGCGCUCAACUAUGCCGGCAUGGACCCCGAUGGCCGGGAUGCGGACAGCCUCGCCAAGGCCGAGGAAGUCUAUGCGCCGAUCCGCCCGUUCGUGCGCAAGUUCCACUCGUCUGAGUACAUCAACGCGCUCGCCAAUGGCGACAUCUGCCUGGCGGUCGGCUGGUCGGGCGACGUGCUGCAGGCCCGAGACCGGGCCGCAGAGGCCGACGCGGGCGUCACCGUCGACUACAUCAUUCCCAAGGAAGGCGCGCUGAUGUGGUUCGACAACAUGGCGAUCCCGGCCGACGCGGAAAAUGUCGAACAGGCGCACAUCUUCCUCGACUACAUGAUGCGGCCGGAGGUGAUGGCGAAGGCCUCAAACUAUGUCUAUUUCGCCAACGGCAACGCCGCCUCCAAGGAGUUCCUCAACGAGGACGUGAUCGGCGAUCCGGCGAUCUAUCCCGAUGAGGAGACGAUCGGACGGCUCUACACCGUCACCCCCUACACGCAGCGCGAACAGCGCAGCGUGACGCGGACCUGGACGCGGAUCACCACCGGCCAGUAA